UCGGCGUCUGUGUGAUAAAUCUGCUAAACAUGCAGCACGAGACGCGCUGGGCCGUGCCUCCGUCGUCACAAUGCUUACAUUACGACUCAACAGGAAGGCAUCCGGCGCUUCCGGCUCGUCUGAGCAGGACAUCAAGAGAUAAGUAUAUCCUUCGCACCCUUGUAGAAGGAGGCUCACUUCUUCCACAUCUUGUACGACUCGUGCAACGUUCUGUUGUUCUCAGCAACUGCACAGAUUUGGGCCGUGAGCAAAACAUACGGUUAUUCUGCAGCAACCAUAACAAGUAGCGCGUGCUGAAAAUCAGCAAUUCAGCUAUGACGGUUUCACCAGAACGUCCACCUGCCUACCCUUUGCAGCCGCAGCAAGAUCCGUAUCAUAAGCUGCUGGAGGUGCAUCUAAACACCGUGUUGUCGUGUCAGACUACUGUCAACGCGGCACAUGGCUGUUGGGAUACGUUGUUCCGUGUUGACGACCAGGCUGGGCACAAUCGAUUCCAAGUGCCUGCUGCGAUCAGCACUUUCAGCGCAUUCGUCACACAUGCUGACAGCAAAAAAUAUCUAGUCCCCUUCCUGAGCCUUGUUGCAACUAUCCUCGGUACACACACAAUGGAUGAAGAGCUAUUAGAGUUCUUAUACUCCUGCUGCAACGAGCUUGAGAAGUCGCCUGAGGCGGGAUAUCCAGCUUCAGCAUUCUAUCAAUAUCUCCUGGCGUUCAGCAUCGACGAUGAGGCAAUGAUUGUCCAUCACGGCAACCGUCUCCAAGAUGCAGUUUCGUUCAUGACGCACCUCUACGGCCAGAGUAACGUGUCUGUUGUGGCGGGUCGCAACUUUCUCAUGUGGCAUCGGAUGUACACAGACACGUUCGCCACAUCUAUGCUCAAAAGCGAGUUGAAGGACUGCAUUGUGCUCGCUCAAAAGACUCACGGGCGAGAUCACCUGCUCGUAGUCAACUCUCUUGCUCUACUCGGCCGCUUACUUCAAGAACGAGGUCGUUACUCACAGGCGGCAGAAGCCUUUACCGAUGCUAUUGGACGCCUAGAAGGCUGCCCUAAGUUGCUACAAGCAUACAAACUCGAGUUAUAUCAGCGACUUGCGACUGUGCAGUACACUGUUGGGUUGGCGGGCAGAUCGGCCCUCUGUCUACUGGACGUUUUUAAUGGCAGAAUCCAGAUUCUGGGUCACGAUCACAGCUAUACAUCAGGGGCUCUGCAACAACUCCGCAACCAACUGAACGAGUCAGAGAAAAGCGACAGCACACUGGGCCGAGAUGAUAGCUAGCAUGUACAUCGGUACACGCCUACGACGUAGCAAGACGCUCCAUAUGGAGAAUAGCUUCAGAGCGGCAACAAUGAUCAAGCCGCAGAGAGCUUUCUAUGCCUUUUUCUGCCGGCGUUCGGACCUGGGACAAGCAAUAUGGUCAACUUCGAACAACAUUAUGCCUGAAUUAAAUCAAACCCAGUCAGCGCCUUGAUGCGCUUUUUCCUACUUCCAGACAUGCUUACCCAAAACCACUCUGCCAUUUCUAUACCC